AUGUUUGAAGACCCGACCUUCCCCGCCUCCGGAGAUAGCCUCUACCGCACUCCUCAGCAGCCCCCGGCUGGUACCCUGCCCGCCGCCUUGGUCGUGUGGGGUCGAAUCUCUCAGCAAGAGGUUAGGCGGUGCCAUUCUCCGGUGACGUUCCCUGUGGAUGAGGGUCUCGCGGCGGUGGGGCAGGGCGCGCUGGGAGACUCGUGGCUUGUGAGCGCCCUGAACAUGCUCGCGCCGUUACCGGGGGUGCUGAAGAAGGUCGUGGUUUCCGACAGACACAGCGACAAAGGUGUCUACACCCUCAAGCUGUUCAAGGAGGGUGCUUGGCGGUACAUCCACGUGGACGAUCGCCUUCCUUGUUCCCCGUCGCGAACACCGCACUACUGCUGUUCAAAGGAUCCCAACCAGGUGUGGGGUCCCCUCAUCGAGAAAGCCUUCGCAAAGCUUCACGGUUGCUACGAGAGCUUGGGUCGCGGGUCGAUCGAACAGGGCCUGCGCUGUCUUACGGGCACCCCCCUGAUCAGGACUCCACUAACGGGCCUAGAGCCUAAGAGUGAUUGGGACGGAGGUGUCGCCGACAAGGAGUCUGAGAAGCGUCGGCAGCAUCUAUGGGCGAAGAUGAAGAAGUGGCAUGGGCGAGGGUGUGUGAUGGGGUGUUACCGUGGUGUCGAGUUCGACCGCGCCAGAAAUCGACAAGCGGCCUCUAACAGCUCCUCCAUGGGACCUUUCGGCGGAGACAACCGCGAGGGGCCCGGGCGCCGAAAGACGGGCCUGAUGGUGGGUCGGGGAUACUGCAUCGAGAGUGUGUGCGAGGCGUCGGCCGGAGCAACACACACCCGUGACGCUGCCAUGUUUCAGCUGGUCGAGUUGAGUUGCCCUUGGGGGGUGGGCCAGUGGCGAGGGGACUGGUCCAGGAACAGCGGGAUGUGGGACGCGUACCCGUCCAUAAAGGCCGAGUUGCGUCGGCUGCGACCACAGCGCGCCGGUUCUGCUGCGCCCCCUCCCGCCGCUGAAAAGGAUGGAGAAGGUGGUGGUGGUGCAGGGCCGUUGGGAGCCGUGACGGAGGCAACCGAUGUAGGAGCAGGUCGAGGGGCACGAGAACAAGAAGAACAAGAACAAGAAGAAAAGGAAUCCUCGUUCUGGAUGACUUUCGACGACUUUACCACCGAGUUUUCUCAGAUGCUGACGUGUGUCUCGUACUCCGCGGGACAAGAGUCCAAGGGCCUUUCUCGAAAGAGCUACCGAGGGGUGUGGAUACCUGGUGACUCCCUCACCGGCUCCGGCGGCGGCUGCGCCAGUCCUUCUUUCCUUCAGAACCCGUUCUACCCGGUCACGAUUCAGCGGAACUCGACCACGGUGACGGUCUGCCUGUCCAUCUGGGACAGAGCCUGGCAAGUGGACCCUGCAGGGAGGGGACCCGCGAUCGGAUACUACAUUGUCCGGCUGACGGGAUCGAAGCCGCGGCUGACCAAGCUCCGUCCCAGCAAGAUCGCCGCUCGAUCGAUGGCGUUCGUUGCAGGGACACAAUCAGCGGGGGAGCACACGUUCGACUCAGGGCGAUACGCAAUUGUUCCUGUGACGGUGAAGCCGCUAAGUUCGGCGGAAGAGUUUUUUCUAGAUCUGACGGCGGACAACACGGUGGAGUGGGAACAAAUGGACGACUGCAUCCGGGACCUAGAUCAAGUGCUGAGGUUAAGCGACGACGAAGGAGACAUGCCUAGCGGGAAGCACCCUAGUGUCGUGAGUGUGCUGUCGGAAGAGGUGGCGGACGCUGAGGAUGUCGACGGUCCUCCGGGAAACAAGGUAGCAUGUGGGAGAACUGGCGAGACAGAACGAAUUCCAUCCAGACAGAGGAACAGAGUGAAAAACAGGUCCACAACGGUACUUUGA